UCUAAAAAAUGCACUUGAUUUCAUCAUCUAAAUAAAUGCUCUCGGCAAAUGGAUCAUCCUAGCUGAAACCAGAGCACAAGCCGCCAUGGACAGGAGGCAACGGAGAAACCCUUCUGCUUCUUCUUCUGCCUCUUCAUCUCCAGCUUCAUCCUCAUCGCGUUUCCACUCAGAGAAAUUCUCCUCGAAUCCCCCAAAAACUAGUAACUCCCUGGAGGAUGCUCACCAAUUGAAAAGCAAAUGUGGGAAGCCACAAAGACCAGAGCAAGAGGAGGAAGAAGAGCAAGAUCCGAACAAUCCUCUCUUAGUUGGAACUUGCCCCUUCAUGUGCCCUGCUGGAGAAAGGGCCCAACGUGAACGCCUUCGGGAUUUGGCUGUGUUUGAGAGGUUACAUGGAAAUCCUGGGAAAACAUCUCCAAGCCUUGCUGUCAAAAAGUUUUGCAGAACCAUUGCCACUAAGCACAUGCAGGCGUCAGAUGUGCGGCCACUUCCAGUGUUUGAAGAGACUUUGAACUACCUAUUAAACCUGUUGGAUGCCACGGAACAUCCUUGUGAAGUGGUUCAUGAUUUCGUCUUUGAUAAGACAAGAUCAAUAAGACAAGAUCUUAGCAUGCAGAAUAUCGUUAAUGAUCAAACAAUUCAUAUGUUUGAAGAAAUGGUGAAAUUUCAUAUUAUAUCCCACCACAAGCUUCGCAGUUGUAGCAGCAAGCCAAGUUUUUCUUCAGUUCAUUACCUCAAUAUGGAGCAGCUGAAAAAGUGUCUAAUAUCUCUAUAUGCUCUGUACAAAGAAAAUCGAAAUUCAAAUUCUAUUUACAAGAAUGAACCUGAGUUCUACUCAUUUCACAUUCUUCUUCAUCUUGGCUCUAACAACCAACCAUUGGGAGAGUCACUCUCUUUGUGGUUGGGUCGUGUACCUUCUCUCAUUUUGAAGUCAAAGGAAAUGUGUUUUGCUCGGAGACUUUUAAGAUUAUUUCGGAUGGGCAAUUAUAAGCGUUUCCUUUGUACUACAGCAACUGAGGCAUCUUAUUUAUAGUACUACAUAAUUGAACCUUACAUCAACGAGGUUGCCUAAAUAUGUUGAUUUUGCUAGAUUUUUCAGUUUGAAAAAUAUAUGCUUUUUUGUUGAUUUAUUGUUUUCCAAUUUCAUUUAUGAGAAUAUAUCUAAAACCUAGACUCGAGUGCUUGUGCUUUUGGGUUUUAUUUUUCUUUCAUUUCUGUUAGUAGUUGUACUUCAUUAUUCUUAAAUUUCUCACCAGUUGUUUCUUUAUGUGGUUUAUUGCUCCUCACUUUCUUCAUUCAUCUGAAGUGUUCAAAUUCAAUUUGCUUGUUUCAUAAACCAGGUCUUAUUUAGAAGUUCUUCUCAAUUGCCUUUUUUAGUGCUUCUAAAAGACAUGCCUGAUUUAUAUACAUUUUUGUUGGUUUUCUUUUGACCGUAAAAGGUUCGAGCAUUGACAUUGUCAUGUGUAAAUUAUUGUGGCUACAAACUUCAUCCGUAUCCGAUUGCACACUUGUCCAAACUCUUGAUGAUGAAGGAAUUAGAUGUGGAAUCAUUUUGCAAUGCUUGUGGUCUUGAGACCAGCAUUGAUGAACGGGGAAAUAAGUUCUUAUCAACCAAGCAAACAAACUUCCAUUAUCCCAAGGAAGUCUUUCCAAGCUACUCCCUUAGAUGUUUUAGGCACAUGUGCGUUACAUUAAUGUAUUCAAUGAGUCUAUAACCUUGAUUGAUAGGUCCGGGUAAUCUUUGAAAUUUCAUUGUAAUGGGAAGGUUCCAUGUGAACAACACUUGCACAUGGGUUAGUCAAUUUUAAGAGACGGGGGAAGCUCAUCUAACAGCACACAAUGUGGGAGCUUUGAAAGGCAAUCGGGUUAACAUUUCUAAAUUGGGACAUGACAACGAACAACAAU